AGAAAUAUUUCGAAGCAAAUGUUAAAACGGGGGAUCUUUGUGUUAAUGAGCGAAUAGACCGCGAGGAGCUUUGUCCAAACACGAUAAAAUGCACACUAAAUUUAGAGGCCAUACUGAGCAAUCCUAUGAUACUCCACCGCAUUGAGGUUGUAAUUGUUGAUUUAAAUGACAAUGCACCUACCUUCGUUGAGAAGUCACAUUCACUUAACAUAUCUGAAUUUUCACCCAUGGGCGAACACUUCUUGCUUCCUCUAGCUCUUGACGCAGAUACAGGCAGCAAUUCAGUAAAGAGUUACAGGCUAAGUCCAAAUGAAUACUUCUCCUUAGAUGUACAAAGCGGUGUAGAGCAGAGUGCAUCUGCUGAGUUGGUACUGGUAAAAGCUUUGGAUCGAGAAAAGCAAGCUGUUGUUAAACUAGCAUUGACCGCUGUAGACGGAGGCAAACCUCCUAAAACUGGAUCUGUUCAGAUACAUGUAAAUGUUCUAGAUGUCAACGAUAACACUCCAUCAUUUAGCCAAACACUUUACAAGGCACGUGUAAACGAAAAUGCUCCAACUGGAUCAUUAGUAAUUCAACUUAAUGCCACAGAUUCAGACGAGGGUGACAAUGGUAGAGUUAUUUACUCUUUUGUCAGGCGUGCAAACUUCAAUCCUUCAGAUGUGUUUCUCAUAAAUGCAGAGACUGGUGAAAUAACAAUUAAAGGCAAUUUGGAUUACGAAGCAGAGUCAGCUUAUGAAAUUCAUGUUCAAGCAACAGACAGAGGUUCGUCGCCUCGGAGUGCAAAUGGGAAGCUGCUGGUGGAGGUAGUCGAUGUGAAUGACAAUGCCCCAGAAAUUAUAGUGACGUCACUCAUGAACCCGGUUAAAGAAGAUGCUGACAUUGGAAGCGUUGUUGCUUUAGUGACAGUGACUGAUAAAGACGGAGGAAAAAACGGUCACACUAAUUGUAAACUGGUUGGUUCUGCACCUUUCAAGUUAAGAUCCAAUUAUAAAAACUACUACUCUUUAGUUGUAGACGGACCUCUGGAUAGAGAAGGAUGCUCUUUUUACAAAGUCACGAUUGCAGCGACUGAUGAGGGGACCCCUCCUCUAUCCACCAGCAGCGUAAUAACUUUUAAGGUUUCUGAUGUCAAUGACAACCCACCUCGUUUCCUUGAACCAGUGAUUAACAUUUAUGUUAAAGAAAACAGUCCAGUUGGAGCUCUUAUCUAUACGAUAACUGCAGUCGACCCUGAUAUAAAUGAAAACGCUAGAGUAGCAUACUCAUUUGAUGGUGAAUCAAAAACUAUUCCUAUAACUUCUGUUGUAAACAUAAACCCAGAUACAGGAGAUAUAGUCAGCCUUCAGUCUUUUAAUUACGAAGAGUUAAAAACAUUUCAGUUUAAAGUUCAGGCCACAGACUCUGGUGUUCCUCCGCUCAGCAGCAACGUGACUGUAAACAUUUUCAUCCUGGACGAGAAUGACAAUAAUCCAACAAUUCUCGCGCCCUAUUCUGAGCACGGCUCCGUUAACAGUGAGAGCAUCCCCUACUCUGCUGAAGCGGGAUACUUUGUGGCAAAGAUCAGGGCUGUAGACGCAGACUCUGGAUACAAUGCGCUGCUUUCGUAUCACCUCUCUGAGCCCAAAGGAAACAAACUCUUCAGGAUUGGAACCAGCACUGGGGAAAUCAGGACUAAGAGGAGAAUGAGUGACAAUGACCUGAAAACUCACCCCUUGGUGGUGUUGGUUUCUGAUAACGGAGAACCCUCCCUGUCAGCUACUGUGUCUAUUGAGGUGGUGGUGGUUGAAAGCACAGCUGUCAUACAGACUCAGUUCCGAGAUGUGCCCAUAAAGGAGGACAGCUUCUCUGAUUUAAACCUGUAUCUGCUGAUCGCCAUUGUGUCAGUUUCAGUGGUUUUUCUGCUGAGCCUAAUCAGUUUAAUAGCAGUCAAAUGCCACAGGACAGACGGCAGUUUCAGCAGGUACAGCGCCCCAAUGAUCACCACCCAUCCUGACGGGAGCUGGUCUUACUCUAAAGCUACUCAGCAGUAUGACGUCUGUUUCAGCUCAGACACGCUCAAGAGUGACGUAGUGGUUUUCCCCGCACCGUUUCCGUCUCUAGAUGCUGAGCUGAUCAGUAUUAAUGGAGGAGACACGUUUACCAGUACUCAAACUUUACCUAAUAAAGAAAAGGUGAGUUAUUGCUAAUGAAAGGGUGAAUCUGUGGUUUUUCUGAUGUGGGGUUAGAAUUUUGGUCAUCAGAUUAAUAGAUCUUGGGAUUUUACAACACUUAAUGACUUUUCGUUCUAUAAAUUUGUGUGACUGUGAAAGAACCAUGAUAGAAAGUAAUAGGCUUACUUUGGGGGAUAAAUGGAAAUCAAUUAGCUUACAUAUUUCCUCCUAAAAAAAAAUUCACAAGUAUGCUGGAUAUUGGGGGAUUUCUGUGGGAUAUAAUUCGAAAUUGUUGCAGAAUAAUGGCAUUUUAAGCAGAGAAGUCGCUGGUCAAGAGAUUUGAAUACCGACCAACGAUGACGCUGUCCAUGGUGCUGAUAGUGUUGUUGUGUACACGAGCAAAGGUUGCCUGGCUUUAUAUAAUUUAAACCUUAACAGCAGAUUAUGCAACACUUAUUUAAUUGGUUUCCGCCUGGUACCACAAAACUGAUGUAGUUUUUACCUAUGCAUCGGACACGUUUUCUACUGAAAUUGAUCGCUCCACUGCUUUGCCCUUCUGCACAAAUAUAGGCUAUAUUUAUUUAUAGAAUAUCCACGCCUUACUUCAUUAGCACCAAAACAACAGUUGGUGUCGCUGGAGACCAUAUUAUUUGUGUGGCUCUUUUUUUUCCCAGACUCCUCCUCUGCGUGC